AUGGACUUAGCGACACCGUUUCUCGGCGACGUUCGCCUGGUUAAAUUUUCACGCGCUUCGCCGUCGUCUCGCCCUUCCACGAGUCCAAGUCAGCUCAUUCUGCAUUCUCCUCUCCCGUCAUUACCACCAUCCCGCGUCAGUUCCUCGCCUAAGUGUAACUUAGCUAAACGUCCACCGCGUCCGGUCCCUCCACGACCGAAGCCUGAGCGACCAACAGAUUCUGCUCGUUUAAACGACUCCCAAGCUUCCUCCACGCUCGAAAGUAGCACAUCAGCUGCUGGGACCCUUUCACGGGAAGGAGAUGGCUCUUCCCGACCGCAAGCUGACUUUCCGCUUCCCCCCGGGGGAAGCAAGCUCCCCUUUUCUUCCCGCAUUCCCCCACCGCUCCCGCGGAGACCCGCCGCGACGCACCGCCUCCGCCGGCUACGGAAGCGAACGGCCAACGGCACGUUCUACCUGUCAGACGAGCUCGCGGAUAUCACGGAGGUCUGGUCGUCGUCGAUCCUCCUCCGUCCGCCGGCCGAAUCCAACGGUGGAGACGCACUUUCUGGAAAUUCCCCUUCAUCUCCUCCUCCUGCUUCUUCCUCAGCACCCGGCAAUAUCGAGGCGCCUGCCACAUUAGGCGAAGACUCAGGAGAAGACUCAGUGGUGUCGGAAAGCGGCUCGGGUGUAGCGACAUCGAGUGUGGUGUCAGAACUCGCGGCCCGAGUGGCGCGGGAACCGAUAGAGACUAUCGAAAGUCUAGACCUGUCGCGCGUGCUUGAAGCGGAAGUGGGACCGAAUGGGGUUUUAACGGAAGGGGUGGCGUCGGCGGUGUUGGUGGAGCUGAGCCGCGCGGGCAAGAGCCGGCACGCUCUGAAACUCUUCGACUGGCUAAAGGCUCGGGCGUUUCUCCUGUCCACGUCAGCACACACCGCGCUGAUCGCCGCAUUGGCGCGUAGCGGGCCGUACGCUGACGCGGCGCGUGUGCUGGCAGGCAUGCGCGCCGCGGGAUUGGCUCCCACCGUCCACGCGUGCACCGCCGCCAUGCAGGCCCAAUCACGCGCCGGCAGGUGGCGCGCGGCGCUGCUGCUAUUGGAGGAGAUGCGAGGGAUGGGGUUGAAACCGGAUACGAUGGCUUAUAACGCGGUUCUUACUGCGUGUGGAAGAGCUGGUCGCGUGCAGGAGGUACUAGCGGUAUACCAGGCCAUGCAGGACGACGAAUGCCGCCCGUCCACCGGCACGCGCGCACUGCUCAUGAGCACGUUCGUCCGCGCCGGCCGCUGCGAUCUGGCGCUGCAGCUGUUCUUUGAUGCCAGGCUGGCAGGCCAGCCUGUCACUCCGGACAUGCACAGAGGAUUGAUUUGUGUCGCCUCCAAGGUGGGUCGCUGGCCCCUCGCUUUAGACCUGCUGGACGAUCUCCUUGCCACGUGGACAGACCCGGGGGUCGCAGGUGAACCAGCAGCAGGGGUCGCAGCAUCCGCCACUUCACGUAUGGAGAGUGGCCCUCCUGCUCCUGAUGGUUCUUUUGAGGCUAGGCAGGACGAGGGGACUGCGGCCGCUGCUGCUGCUGCUGCUGCUGCUGCUGCUGCUGCUGUUGGUGCUGCUGGUGGUGAUACUGCUUCGGCUGGUGCUGCUGCUGGGGGGGGCAGACCCAGGUCGUCCGAUGCUGGGAGUGGGGAGCGGUGGGAGGGGGGGAGCACGUGGGGUGAGGUGCUGGGAGCGCCCAACUCUGCUCUGCCCUUCAACGCCCUCAUCUCCUCUCUCGCCCGCGCAGGUAUGCUGCCUCAUCUCCCUCUCUCUCUUCCCCUCUCUCCCCCUCUCUCCCCCUCUCUCUCCCCUUUAUUUCCCCUUUCUUUCCCACUCCCUUGCCCUUACCACUCCCUCAUCUCCCAGCUCCUCCCCAUGUUCCCCGACACCCUCCCUUCCGCCCCUCCCCUCCUCCCCUUCCUCAGGCCAAUGGCAGAUCGCCCUGUCAGUCUUCUCCCGAAUGAAGAAACUGGGAAUUCCCCCAGACCACUUCACGUGGUCCGGGCUAGCUUCGGCGCUGGCUCUGGCGGGGGAGUUCGACCGAGCCAUGGCGUUAUUCGAGCACAUGGGGGAGAGGGAGGGGCUGGAACCGACACUGGUGGCCAAUCCGAAGCGGCUUUGACAGUGUAUCAAAGGAUGCUCAAGGCGGGGUGCAAGCCCAACACAUUCACUCUUGCAUCUCUCAUCCGCAUUCUCGGCAAGACCAAGGACUGGCAGGGGGCCGUGAAGAUCUUCGAGGACGCACGAGCUUCCAGCAUCCCCCUUAAUGCGCACCUCUUUAACGCGUUACUAGACGCGCUGCUGCACAACAGGCAGGUGGCAGCAGCCCGCUUAUACCGAGUACAGAUGAGACGGUAUGGGGUGGUGGAGGAUGCAAACACUCGGGCGAUUCUGAAGCGAGCGGAAGAGAGGGAGGUGGGGUGGGAUGCGGAGUGGGAGGAGGAGGUGAGGGAGAGGGAGAAGGAGAGGGAGAAGGAGAGGGAGAGGGAGGAGAGGGAGAGAGGAGAGAGGGAGCUGGAGAAGGUAAAUGAUGGAAGGGAGGAGCGUGAGGAGGGUGGAUGGGGGGAUGAGAGUGGAAAUUGGGAAAAUGUGGAUCAAGACUGGAGGCUAGGAAGGCUGUAA